AUGCUCAACGACCCUUCUCUCCUCAAGCAGGAUGUAUGCUACGUCAACGGCCAAUGGGUCAAGGCCAAGUCUGGCAAGACGUUCGAGGUCCACGAUCCCGCCACCGGCAAGCUCAUCGGUACCUGUCCCGAGUUUGACGGCGCCGAUACCGAGAAGGCGAUUGCCGCCGCCGCCGAGGCGUUUAAGGACUUCCGUCACAAGACGGGCCGCGAGCGCUCUAAGCUGCUUCGCAAGUGGUACGAUCUCAUGAUGCAGAACGCCGAAGAUUUGACCACCCUCAUCACCUGGGAGAACGGUAAGCCCCUGGCCGAUGCCAAAGGAGAGGUCACCUACGCCGCCAACUUCUUCGAGUGGUUCAGCGAGGAAGCCCCGCGCAUUUACGGCAACACCAUCCCUUCAUCUGUGCCCGGCAACAGGGUCUGGACCAUCAAGGAGCCCGUUGGUGUCUGUGGCUUGAUCACCCCUUGGAACUUCCCUGCCGCCAUGGUCACUCGCAAAAUCGGCCCUGCCCUCGCCACAGGCUGUACCGUGGUAGCCAAGGCGCCUGCUGAGACGCCCUUCACCUCUCUCGCCCUCGCCGAGCUUGCUCAUCGUGCUGGCAUACCCGCGGGCGUCGUCAACGUCGUGACCUCUCAUCAGAACACUCCCGAGGUCGGCGAAACCUUGACCAGCUCCCCAACCAUUCGAAAGGUUUCCUUCACCGGGUCCACCAACGUCGGCAAGCUCCUGAUGCGCCAGAGCUCCGACACGUUGAAGAAGCUCUCUCUCGAACUCGGCGGCAACGCUCCCUUUAUCGUUUUCGAUGAUGCCGAUCUCGACGCUGCUGUUGCUGGAGCUGUUGCUUCCAAAUUCCGUUCCAGUGGCCAGACAUGCGUCUGUGCGAACCGCAUCUACGUUCAGCGCGGUCUGUACGAUGCAUUUGCUGCUCGCCUCGCAGACCAGGUCAAGGGUUUCCGCGUCGGAAACGGGUUCGAGAAAGGCACGACCCACGGACCUCUCAUUCACGAUCGCGCCGUCGAUAAGGCUGAUGCUCACGUUCGCGAUGCUACAGCCAAGGGCGCCAAGGUCCUGGUUGGUGGCAACAAGAUGGAGGGGAGCUUCUUCGAGCCAACUGUCCUGACGGGCAUGACGCGCGACAUGGCCAUGGCCGAGGAGGAGACGUUUGGCCCCGUGGCGGGCAUCUUCCCCUUUGAUACCGAGGCCGAGGUUGUUGCGAUGGCAAACAGCACAACCUUUGGUUUGGCCGGCUACUUCUUCUCGAAGGACUUGCAGCGCGUGCACCGUGUCGCCGAGGCCCUGGAGGUGGGCAUGGUCGGCGUCAAUACGGGACUCAUUUCCGACCCUGCCGCACCUUUCGGUGGUGUCAAGGAAAGUGGGUUUGGAAGGGAGGGCUCGCUUUACGGUGUCUCGGAAUAUCAAAUUACCAAAAUGGUCACAUAUGGAGGCAUGGGUCAGCCUCUGCAGGCAUAG